AUGGUAGAUCCAAUUGCAGAAGCAAUGGCAAAGGAAGGAGUAGAAUUUCUUUGGAAUCACAUUGAUAUUGUCCUUUGUUCAAACAACCAAGAAGAGUAUAAAUAUUUAAAAGGUCAUACCGCCAAGGUUGUAUCUGGAAAGAAACAAUGGUUUAUCUAA